UGGUGUUUUGAAAAUAGAUGAUCUCUUGUUUUUUCAAAUAGUUCAUAAACCAAGAAGCAUUUAUUGUGCAUCUAAUAUUGAGGCCCCUAGUGAGGGAUAUAAAACAUCUAAGUGUAUCAGCUAUAAUAAUGGCGUACUAGUUUGUCUUGCCUCUCUGUUCCUGGAAGAAUUUUACUUGUGUUGGGGAGAACAAUUUCUUGGCACAGAAGGAAAGUGAAAGGUUUUGAAUGAAGAGAGGGCAGUUGAGCAGAAAUACAAAGGUUAAAUGUGUUAAAUUUGCUUUGAAUAAAUAAUUGAGCAUUGGGAAAGGGAAGGUCUAAUCAGAAGGUAUUUCAGGGGUGAUGAUGAAGUUAGUGACCUUAGGGAGGAUGAAGACAAGACAGUUAGAAAUGUCUUUAUAAAGUGGAACUUCCCCAUCCCUACUGCAGGUCAGAGUUUAGCUAGAUGGUUGGUUCUCUUUGCUCCUUUUUCAAACUUUACAAAAGACCUCAUUAUGAAUGUCUCGCCCAUCACAAGUUCUCACAGCAUGAACUCCAAGGCAGGCUUUUGGAGUCAAGAGAAAGCAGUGAAAGCUGGAGUCAUUGUCAAGUGAUUGAGACCUUUUACAAGAAAAUCUCAUUGAAAUACAGUCUUUUAAAUUAGUGACAUAACAAGACUAGUUAUUAAAGGCAACAGUGUACAGGAAACGUUAAAAUUGAACAAUGACUCAGCUAUAUAUUUGCAUCAAAUUAUUGGGAGCCUAUCUGUACAUCAUUUCUCACGUUCAAGGGCAGAAUCUAGACAGUAUGCUCCAUGGUACUGGGAUGAAAUCAGACUCCGACCAGAAAAAGUCAGAAAAUGGAGUAACCUUAGCACCAGAGGAUACCUUGCCCUUUUUAAAGUGCUAUUGCUCAGGACACUGCCCAGAUGAUGCUAUUAAUAACACAUGCAUAACUAAUGGGCAUUGCUUUGCCAUCAUAGAAGAAGAUGACCAGGGAGAAACUACAUUAGCUUCAGGGUGUAUGAAGUAUGAAGGAUCUGAUUUUCAGUGCAAGGAUUCACCAAAAGCCCAGCUACGCCGGACAAUAGAAUGCUGCCGGACCAACUUAUGUAACCAGUAUUUACAACCUACACUGCCCCCUGUUGUUAUAGGUCCAUUUUUCGAUGGCAGCAUUCGAUGGCUGGCUUUGCUCAUUUCUAUGGCUGUCUGCAUAGUUGCUAUGAUCAUCUUCUCCAGCUGCUUUUGUUACAAACAUUAUUGCAAGAGCAUCUCAAGCAGACGCCGUUACAAUCGUGACUUGGAACAGGAUGAAGCAUUUAUUCCAGUUGGAGAAUCAUUAAAAGACCUUAUUGAUCAAUCACAAAGUUCUGGUAGUGGAUCUGGACUACCCUUAUUGGUUCAGCGAACUAUUGCCAAACAGAUUCAGAUGGUUCGGCAAGUUGGUAAAGGCCGAUAUGGAGAAGUGUGGAUGGGUAAAUGGCGUGGUGAGAAAGUGGCAGUCAAAGUGUUUUUUACCACUGAAGAAGCUAGCUGGUUUCGAGAAACAGAAAUCUAUCAAACCGUUCUAAUGCGCCAUGAAAACAUACUUGGUUUUAUAGCAGCAGAUAUUAAAGGUACAGGUUCCUGGACUCAGCUCUAUUUGAUUACCGAUUACCAUGAAAAUGGAUCUCUCUAUGAUUUCCUGAAAUGUGCUACCCUAGACACCAGAGCCCUGCUUAAGUUGGCUUAUUCUGCUGCCUGUGGUCUGUGCCAUCUCCACACAGAAAUUUAUGGGACUCAAGGAAAGCCUGCAAUUGCUCAUCGCGACCUUAAGAGCAAAAACAUCCUCAUCAAGAAAAAUGGAAGUUGCUGCAUUGCUGACCUGGGCCUUGCUGUUAAAUUCAACAGUGAUACAAACGAAGUUGAUGUACCUUUGAAUACUAGGGUGGGUACCAAACGCUACAUGGCUCCAGAAGUGCUAGAUGAAAGCCUGAAUAAAAACCAUUUCCAGCCCUACAUAAUGGCUGACAUCUAUAGCUUUGGCCUGAUCAUUUGGGAAAUGGCUCGUCGUUGUAUCACAGGAGGAAUAGUAGAAGAGUACCAAUUGCCAUAUUAUAACAUGGUACCCAGUGAUCCAUCAUAUGAAGAUAUGCGUGAGGUUGUGUGUGUCAAACGUUUGCGGCCAAUUGUGUCUAAUCGAUGGAACAGUGAUGAAUGUCUACGAGCAGUUUUGAAGCUAAUGUCAGAAUGCUGGGCCCAUAAUCCAGCCUCCAGACUUACAGCUCUGAGAAUCAAGAAGACACUCGCCAAGAUGGUUGAAUCUCAAGAUGUAAAGAUUUGACAGAUAAAUAAUCAUGAGGAGAAACUCUAGACUGCAAGAACUGUUUUUACCCAAGGAACGGGUGGAACUAGAAUAGAAUAAGGAUGUUAACUUGGUUCUCAGACUCUUUCCUCACUACACCUUCACAGGCUGCUAAUAUUAAACCUUUCAGUACUCUGUAGAAUACAAGCUGGGAAUUUCUAAACACUUCAUUCUUUAUAUAUGGACAGCUUUAUUUUAAAUGUGGUUUUUGAUGCCUUUUUUUUAUUGGGUUUUUAUGAACUACAUCAAGACUUCAAUCCUGAUUAAUAAGUCUCCAGUCAAACUCUGGGUACUGAAUUAUCUAUUCAUAAAAUGGUGCUUUCUGUGAAAGCCUUAAGAAGAUAAAUGAAUUCAGCAGAGAUGGAGAAAUAGACACUUUUGUCUUCUACCUGAGAAAAUCGGAUCUGUUUGUAUUCUACCCUUGUAAACAGCCUAUGGGUUAUGAUCUGUUUGGAAUACCGCUUAGUUUAUGAUAGUUGGUCAUGCCUGGUAAUGGGGUGUGUGUCUGUGUACAUAUAUGCAUACCAGACUUCCUCUGCUGCCAGUUGAAUCAGAAGAAAAUAAUUUAUGAAUGCACAGGAAGAUAUUGGUGGCUGUUGGUUUUGUGCUUUAAAAAUGCAUUAUCUGACCAAGAUUCGCCAAUCACAUAAAAGCCAUUUACCUUGCAAGUGAGCUAGCUUCUCCACCAACUUUAUUUUUUAACAUUAAAGUUGAUAUAAAGGCCAAAAGGAAUUUAAAGUGUACAUAAAUUUGAACUGUUUUCCUCCCACUACAAACUCUUUUUUUUUUUUUAAUAGUUAUUAUUUUUGUCAUGAAAAGCAUCCUAUCCAAAGUUGGAACUUCCAGUGCUAUGAACCUUCUAAAGAAAACACUUAUUGAAGUGAAUACUAAUUACUACAUUUGAUAGCAAUGUAAGUAAGUGCCUAUAACCAUGUUCGGUAUUCUUUAUUCUCAGUAACUUUUAAAAGGGAAGUUAUUUAUAUUUUGCGUGUAAUAUGCUUUACUUGCAAAACACCUGCUCCUUUACAACCAUAUUUUAUAUAUGUACAUACAUUCAUACUAUAGAAACCAGCUCAUGUGUACCUCAUGUCCCAUCCUUAAGGGAAAAAUAAUUAAAAGAUCAUCAGAAAAAAAAAUACUGUAAAGUAGAACUACAUGUAAAUUUUCAGAAUUAAUUCAAAGUAGUGUAUCAAGUCUAGGACUUUGUUUAACUUCAGGUAUAGACUUUCAUUAAGAUGCCAUCAUCUCAAUUCUCCUUUAUGAAAGGAUCCUCCAAUUAGAAAUUUCUAUCUCAGAGUUAAUAUACACUUAUCAACAACUGUAUUAGACAUUUAAAUCAUUUGAGAUUUUUGGCUUUAUGAUUUUUGUUCUGUGAGUUUGCAAAGACAGUGAAGAGUCAGGCAUAAAGUUCACUAUCUACUCAGUACUAUAUCUAUACCAUAUAGCUGUUAUCCAAUAAAAUGCUACAUUUUAUGGAUGCCUUGUUUUCCCAAGGAGUAAUUCUGAUCCACUUAAACUUAUUAUACUUCUGUAAUGCCUUUUAAAUACUCAUGUCUUUUUCUAAACAAUUCAUGGGUACAUAAAGUGAGACAGUUUUCUUAAAUAUAGCCUAAUGUGAUUAUAUCACAACAUAGUAAAAAAAAAAAAUCUUUUAAAGGGGGGGAAUCAGAGCAUGUAUCCAUCCAUUGCCAAAAAUGUGACUGACAUUUAAGGAUGAAACUCAUAUAUUUGUCUGUAUAUCAAUCACAAAUUUGAAACUUGCUUGAACAGUUUUGACCAAAUUUAAUAGUUUUCAUCUAACAUAACUAAAGUUUGAAGUGUUCAUCAAGAUAAGUAAAUUUAUAUAUUGAUAUAUAUAGUACCCAAUAGCUUCCUGUUUGAGAAUGUUUUUCCCAUCUCUAUUCUGAGAAAUACAGAUAUUUUUUAUCUAAAUUGCCUUGUGAUUUAAGAAUACUUAUGACCUCUAAUCUUAGUCUAAGGUUAACCUUGAUUUAUUUUUUAUUUGAUAACUAUAAAUCUUGAAAAUAAUUUGUCAUCUUAAUAAAGAAAAAAUGUAAGGAAAGGCAAACUCUAUUCUUAGAAAUGUUAAAAUAGUAUGUGGAAGUAGACAAUUGCAGGUAAUAUAUAAGUACAAGACCAUUAUAAAGAUUUUUUUAAAUUGAUCUGUUAAAAGUGAUAUCAAGAACUGACUGUAGAAACUUGUUCAGUAAAAAUAUUUUCUAG